GCGAAACCCGAAGUGUAAUACAUGUAACACCAAUCGAGCUGUGACUGACGCCGAGGUGGUUCGCGCACCCGGCGGACGCCUGGUUACGAGUGCAAGCCAGCUGUGAGAUCUGCUUUCAUCAUGAAUAAGCUGCAAGGGUUUGAGUUCUGGAAGAUUACCCUGAAGGGGGCACGUUACGUGGUGGCCCCGAUGGUGGAUCAGAGCGAGCUGGCUUGGAGGCUCCUGAGCCGCAGACACGGCGCCCAGGUCUGCUACACCCCCAUGCUGCACGCGCAGGUCUUUGUGCGGGACGGCAACUACCGGCGCGAGAACCUGUAUGCUGAGGUUUGCGCAGAGGACCGGCCCUUGAUUGCACAGUUUUGUGCGAAUGACCCAGAAAUGUUCAUCAAGGCUGCACUCCUGGCUCAGGACUACUGCGAUGCCAUCGACCUCAACCUGGGCUGCCCUCAGAUGAUCGCAAAGCGAGGUCAUUACGGUGCCUUCUUGCAAGAAGAGUGGAGUCUUCUGGAGAAGAUGGUGUCACUGGCCAAUGACAAGAUUUCAGUACCCAUCACGUGCAAGAUCAGAGUGUUCCCGGAAAUUGAGAAAACCGUGCAGUACGCCAAGAUGCUGGAGAAGGCCGGGUGCCAGCUGCUUACCGUCCAUGGCCGGACCAAGGAGCAGAAAGGGGCCAUGACAGGCGUCGCGAGCUGGGAGCACAUUACUGCUGUCCGGAAGGCCGUCAGCAUCCCCGUCUUUGCCAACGGCAACAUCCAGCACCUGAGCGACGUGCAGCGCUGCAUGGAAGAAACGGGUGUGCAGGGCGUCAUGAGCGCAGAAGGUAACCUUCACAACCCAGCCCUGUUCGAGGGCCACAGCCCGCCCGUGUGGGAGAUGGCAGAGGAGUACCUGGAGGUGGUCCGGCAGUACCCCUGCUCCCUGUCCUUCGUCCGUGCCCACCUCUUCAAGCUGUGGCACCAUACUUUGCAGAUCCACACGGACCUGCGGGAGGAGCUGGCCAAGGUGCGGACGCUGGAGGGGAUGGCCGAGCUGAACGCGCAGCUGAAGCGGCGCUGCCAGGAGGAAAUGGCUCGUCAGGAAGCUGGGGAGGACCACGGCAGCCUGCCCUUCCCGCACUGGAUAUGCCAGCCCUACGUCCGGCCAGCCCCGAAGGGUCCUGGCAGUGAGAACGGGCAGCCCGGCUCUCAGCCGAAGGCAGUGUGUGUGAAGAGGGCCCUGGCGGAUGCUGAUGCCCCCCCAGAGUACCUCUCCAGAAACAAGCAGAAGAAGAAGGCGCGCAACCCCAACAAGAACUUCAGCAUGGAGCAGAAACCCAAAUACAUCAAAUGCGAGCAGUGCGGAAACCCCAAGGGCAGUAAGUGUGUCUUCAACCUGUGUCGGGGGUGCUGUAAGAAGGCGGCGUUCAAGGCUACAGCUGAUUGUCCAGGCCAUGGGUUGUUGUUUAAGACCAAGUUUGAGAAAGCUCAGCGACAGAAGGCCAGCGAGCCCAACAGACAGGCCAACGGGGAGUCCGUCACGCAGACGUGCCCCACAUUGCCCCCAGCCUCACCCGAGCAGCCCAGCAGAGACCCUGUGGCCUGAGGGCGCCCCCCCCUAAGGACAUGUGAGCCACCACACACCCCUGAGGGGUGCUGAACAGGGAGAGCUGUCCCCAGACAGAGGGAAAGGAGCGUGACAGUCAGGUUCUGCUGAGGAUGACGCGUCGAUGACGUACGUUUGACAGGACAUCAGUAUGGCUGCUUCUGUCACCAUUUUUUUUUUUUGCCCAUUCAGCUGAAUCAUUUCAGCCAAAGGCAAGUUGGCUCAACUCCUUGCUAUUACAGAUGGUACUUCAUGGUCAAAAAAUUGGCCACUUCUUCUAAACAAAAUGUACUUCACCUCAGUUUUAUCCCUAAAAAAGCAAAUUGAAUAUGACAAAUUGGAGGCUAUUCUAGUAUCUGGCUUUUGUUCUGGGGUUUGCUAAAUGAUGUUGGGGAGGGUCAUUCUUACGGCACAUUAGCCGGAAGCAAACACCUGACAUAUUAUAAGCUUCACUCCAAAAAAAGCAUAAGUAUGUAUCGCAGAAGACUUCAUUUUGAACAAAAUCUUGGUAAAAAUCUUUGGAAAUUUUGUAGGAUUUCAAAAGAUCUGUGCUUUUCCCUGAUAGGAAACACUCCCUUCAAACUACACUGUGAACACGAAGGAAAACUGGAUUGUGAGCUUCUUAGAAUGUUCCGGUGAUUGGGAAAGUCACAUAGAAAAGCAAUUCACAGCUAAAGCCAAAUGGACAGCCAAUUGCACAUUUUAAAAACCAUUUAAUUUGUUUUUUUUCCAGUUAAGCUAGCAAUAAAAAAUUAAGGAAAUAGACUUUCAUACAAUGGAUGUGGUUACGUGUGCUAUUGUGGAUUGCUAUAGUAACACAAAUCAGUUGCUGGGAAACUUAGUUGUUUAGUUGUUCUGACAGCUUUUCUAUCACGUCUUGUCAGAUCCAGUCCGUUUUUUUAUUGCAGGAAGUUUGACAUUUGCAGCUUCUUAUUGAAAGAUUGCAACUGUUUUAAUGCAUUUAUUGCCAAGUUAGCACAUCCUGAAUGUUUCACACGAACGUCACGUCAUGGAUGGUGUUGGCAAAGCUUUGGAACAAAAUCUACUUGCGGGGCUCCUUGUGUGUCAGGGGGUUUUACCACUUUUUACAGGAAUGUGUCCAACCGAGGCCUGUGGUUGAGGGGGCUUUACUGUAGGUAACAGUGUCUAGUUAAUACUGGGGCUCAGUGACAUGCAGUGCACUGCACUUGGUGGAUCGCACUGUGCAGUAGCUAAGCCGCUCUUUGCAGCAUCAGCCUGCGCCAUGGCUUAACUGACUGCGCCUUUAGCCUGUAAUUUAUGCAAGAAGAUGGUCCUCCAAGUGCAGGUUAAAUAAUGCCUGCCUCUGUUUUUAAUCCUGCUGGAUAUUUCUUACAGUAGUAUUUAUGGUCCUCAGGUUGUAGAAAUAUUUGUCCCUGUCGAUCGGAAUAAAAUUUUUGAAAGAAA